CAUUUUUAUUUACACAAGUUGAUAUUUCCGAAGUUAUGUCAUCGAGUGACAAAGCGUGUAAAUAUAAGGAGGAAAUAGAUAAUUUAAAAAGGUGCCUGAAUAACUCACACUUAGAGGUAAAAUUCCUAAAGGAAGCGCUGAACGAAAUGGCCCUAUCAAAACAAUGUCUGAUCAAUGACUUGCAUCAAACGAUAUUCGUUAACGAUAAACUUUCCAGGAAAUUGGACAGACAAAGACAUUACUUCACAGAGGAAAACGAAUUGUUAAAGUUGGAGAUGGAGCGCUUAAGAUUGUAUCUGCAGUCCAUUCAGAGAUCGUUACAUGUGUCCACCCGCAAAUUGGCACGUCACACGCGCGGCUGUGCCGCCACCCGGAUUCGGAUGGGUGCGAUGUUCCUCCGGAUGCGGUCUACUAAGCGCCAGUACAAACGAAGAUGGAACAGCUACCAGCAGAUGUGUCUUCAGUUUGCUGCGUACAUUCGAGAGCAGAACUGCUAUAUGGUGGACGCGGUUGAGGCAAAGCUUAGCAACGAGAGUAUUACCGCCUGCCAUCGGCAGUAUCUGGAGCUGCUGACGCGUUGCUCUCAGCUGUUGCAUGAAAAUAUGAACCUAAGAUUGCUGGCGUCGAACAGAAGGGACGAACAUCAGCCAAGGAGCGACCGGAUCGGAGGAGGAGGAGUGGUGGGAACAUCUGAAGAGGAACGUGGUACAAGUGGAUCUGACGAGACAGUGUUUAGGACGUACAUAAAGGGUCCUCGAAAGCAACGUUGUCAGUCAGUAUGAGUUUCGGAAAUGAGGACUUGGAAUAAAAGUAUGCUUCGCCAUGUUCGAUGACAAUGAAUGAAAUUUUCGUGUUUUGUUAGAUAUUUGAAAAUAUAAAUAAUAAUAUACACUCAU